UUGAGGUUAUAUUAAAAAAUAACUUUUAUAUAUAAUAUUUAUAAUUAAAUUAUAAUUAAAAUGAAAUUCAUUCUUGAUUCAUUAACACAUUGUGCCCCACGUAUUGGUACACUAAAGGAUUUUGAAAGAUUACCCAGUGCUGUUUUUGAAACACCACUUCUUCUAAUUUAUACAAAGAGAGGCAGCGUUCCUCAUUUAACCAAAGAUGUAUUUAAAACUGUUACGAAGCAACAGCAUUUAUUAUCUAUUUCACUACCAUCUACUUUAAAAAUGGAAGAAUGUAUUAAGAAGUUGAAUGUUUCUUUCGCAGAAUUUGUUAGUAUGAAGGAAUACAUCAACUUUUUAUCGAUACAAGAUCCUACUGAAACAACUCCAUUAGGAUUUCAACAAGCUGAUAGUAUAUCGGUAUGGUCUAGAGAAGGAAGAAGUAUAUUUACUGCCGAUAAAUAUAUGGACUUGGUAGAAUCAUUUGAACCUGAUCUUUAUGUCGCACUCUGUGAUGGAAAUAAACAUGAUUCAAAGAAACGCAUAUCGAAAGCCAUGUGUAGAAGUAAGACCUUAACGGAUCAAUGUUUAAGGAGACAUGCUGCUUCGAAUAAAUUAAAAUCUAAAAGUAUAUUAGGAGCAGUUGAAGGUGGCUAUGAUUUACAAAUUAGGAAAGAAUCGGUGGAAUAUUUGAUAGACAAACCAUUAGCUGGAUUUGUGAUAGAUGGUUUACACCAAAACGGACCAGAUGUCAAAGACAUUCAAUUGAAACAAAUUAAAAAUGUAAUAGAACAUACAAUUAACUUAUUACCUGCUGAUAAACUACGCGUAUCCUUAGGAUGCUGGAAUCCAUUGGUAACAUUAGAAUUAAUUAAUUUAGGUAUUGAUAUUUUUGACUCGUCAUAUCCUUACAUAAUUACUGAACGUUCAGAAGCUUUAACAUUUCUUUGUGAUCAUGAUAGUUGCAAGAAUAUAAGUCAUGUAUUGAAUUUCAGUGAAAAAAGUUAUAAAGAUGAUUUCUCACCGAUAUGUGAACAUUGCGAAUGCUUGACAUGUAAAAAUCAUACUAGAGCAUACUUGCAUCAUUUACAGAUGACCAAAGAAUUGUUAGGAAUGGUAUUAUUAAUGAUACAUAAUAUGCAUCACUACAUAGAAUUCUUCAAAUUAAUACGACAAAGUAUAAAAGAAGACAAAUUCAAUCAAUUUAGAGAAAAAAUUAAUUUGAAGUUUACUAAAGAAGAUUCCUAAUUUGUACUUAAAAUUAUUUUAAUAAAUUAUUUUGAAUUUUAUGCACAA